AACACGUUUUACUGUACUUGUAUUCUCUAAACAAACUUGACUUAAGAGGGAAGAUGGACUUCAAUUAUCUGCUAUAUUCAAUGUUAUUAUGUUCAAUGUGUUGUGGUCUGACAUUUGGACAGGGAAGUGUCCCUAUUGUUUUAGCCACAUGGGGAUUUGCACAACAGCCAACUGACAAAGCAUGGGAGAAACUCCAAGCAAAUAAAGGCCCCUUAGAUGCAGUACAAUCUGGUUGUGAAUAUUGUGAGUUCAACCACUGUGCCUCAUCAGUAGGUUAUGCCAACAACUUUGAUGAGAAUGGGGAGACGACACUUGAUGCAAUGCUGAUGGAGGGAAAGACACAUAAGGUUGGUGGUGUAGCUGCUAUUAAGAGGGUAGUGAAUGCUAUAGGUGUUGCUAGGGCAGUAAUGGAUUACACAACACAUACAUUGCUUACAGGAGAGUCAGCCACCAGUUUUGCCAGGGAGAUGGGGUUCCCUGUGUUAGAGAAAACCACAUUAACCAAUGCAACAUUAUUCCAAUAUUUGAGGUGGAGAUAUAGGGACUGCCAACCUAACAAUCGUAAAAAUGUGAAGAACAAGUGUUUGUGUGGCCCUUAUUCUCCUUUAGACAGUGUUGAAGAACAUUCCCCCAAUGAACUUACUACCUGGAAAGACUUGAUAUUGCUCAAGAAACUAGCAGGAGAUGCCUCAAUGGAGAAUCUGGAUGAUCAUGAUACAUUAGGUGUAUUGGCUAUUGAUGCUAAAGGUGAUAUUGCAGCAGGAGUGACCACCAAUGGGAUGAGACGUAAAGUGCCAGGAAGAGUAGGCGAUUCCCCAAUCCCAGGUUCAGGGGCAUAUGUGGAUAAUGAUAUAGGGGGCGCUGUGUGUACUGGUGAUGGAGAUAUCAUGAUGAGAUUUCUACCCAGUUACCAUGCAGUUCAGAUGUUACAGUUUGGAUUGACGCCCACCCAGGCAGGACACGAUGCCAUGCUCAGAAUCUUGAAAGUUUAUCCUUUCUUCUCAGGGGCCUGUAUUGUUGUCAAUAAACAGGGAGAACAUGGAGCAGGGUGUACUAUGGCUCGGUUCCCUAUGUAUGUGAGGACCAGUAACAUGGAUAGUGCCACACUUUUGAGAGUAAACUGUACAAUACCUGAGACACCAUAUUUUAAUAUAAAG